CCGCUUGCUGCGGCACUGCUUUGGACACGCCUUUAUCGGACUGCCCCUUUUUAAUGGGCGAGAGCAGCCACGGCCACAGUCAAAUCGAUUCGAUUCCGGGCAACGGCGGUCAUCUCUAUAUAUAAGGGAGGGUCGGACAGCCCGGGCAGCUCAGCGUUGCAGCGAUGUGGCGGAUGCGGAUGCGGCUACUCACUGGCUACCUGGUCCUGCUGGCCCUCGGCCAACUGCCGGAGCAUGGCGCUCUGGGCCAGAAGUAUUACAUGAACUUUGCCUUCAACAACAAUAAUCCGGAUGGCGAAGGAGGCACCGGCGUCGAUGGUGGCGGUGGUGGUGCUGGCGGUGGUGCCGCUGGUCCCGGCGGUGGACCCGGGGAUCAUUCACAAGAUGGUGACGGUAGUGCUGCGACGGAUAGCCCCAACGCUACAUCUGCUGAUAAUAGUUUGGCUACUGAUGGCGAUGCCAUUGGUAAGAAGGAGAGCGGCAAUGGUAGCGAUGGCAAAAGCGACUCCAAAGACUCGAGCGGAGGCAAUGAUGCCACGCCAGCGAAUGGUCAUGACGAUGACAACGAUGACAGCGACAGCAAGGAUGCCAAGGAUCGAAAAUUGAAGGAGGAGGAGGCCGGACAGGAGGGGAAGCGCAACGAUCACAGCCAUCACAGUAGCUACGAGAUCAGCAUCGACGACAGCUUUGGCGGGCGGUACGUGCGGUCCAUUUACGAGAGCAGCGAGAGCCACGGACAUUCCGGCAGCAAUGCCGGCUCCAAUCAGCGGGACAACGGAGCCCGUGAGAGCAGUCAGGAGAACCAGGAUGCCAAGGAAGUGGCCAGCGAAGCGCCUGCCCCACGGGCAGCUCUCGCCGCUGGCAACGUGCCGGAUGGACCCGAAACUGGAGCCAAGGACGAUGACUACGAGGAGAUGUAACACCACCGGAAGAUCCUACCACAGGUUCGCUCGAGGGACUUUGGAAGAACGCAGACACUUCAAUUGAUUUUAUCAUUAAAAUGCCAAUAAAAUUGUAAUAUCAAGA